AUGUCGAAGGCUUCCCUCAGCAGACCAGCUACAAAGCAAAGCGUGAGGUCACAGAAGUCACAAGGUGUAUCGAAGGAACAAGCGGAGCAAGCUCUACAACAACAGCAGGCGCAGUCGAAAAGUGGGUUUGUGAAGGCUGUAAAGACCCUCUUCUUGAGAGCAUCGCUGAGUCUAAGUCUUGUUAGCCAUAAGCUGAGGCAAUUUGCAGAAGACGCCCUCAGUAGCGACGAAGUUGUUAAUGAACUGUUCAUCGUCACUUCAAGCAGUUCCCUGGAUCCAUCGGUAUUGGAACAAAAUUCCCCACAGAGUAUAGCAGACGACACUACAAGUAACACUAUGACUACAACAGCAAUGGAAAGAGAAGACUCUGAGACGAACCUCGUCUUAUGGUCAGAAUUCGACGCUGUGAAGGAAGCCGAUGCGCUCCGUCAAGGCGAGACCCCCUUCACGAAGGGCCCUGAAGUCUGGCAGAAGAGAAGAGCAGCCUGGACCAACGGUACCAGGGAACAGAAACUACAGGCAAAGCAACGCUGUCUUGAUAACUCGUUAAAACUCUCAAAGGAAAACUACCCCGUGGUUUAUAGUGCCUUGGUGGAACGCAAUAAAACAUUGAAGAAACCAAUGAACUUGAAAGAUGCUUUGAAAGUGAUAAACUCAGGCUGGAUUGCAAAUAAGAAGUGGGAAAAGGCUGCACUUGGCCUCGGAUAA